GCUGUGCCUCCGUCCCCACCCCCACUCGGCCGAACCUCAAUCGAGGCGUGCUGUGCUGUCGUCUGUCAUUUGGCCGACGAUGCUCCUGCGCUGCAUACGUGAAUGAAGCGGACUCCGGCGCCAUAGACUGGACGGAGAAGGUCCGCUACCUGACAGCUCACCGCUCUACCGACCCUGGGAUGGUAGGAGGAUCCGCACUGUCGCCUCCUACAGGACGUACACCUUCACUGCGGAUGCUCGACGGCACAGCAGCGCUCUGCUGAACGAAAAACCUGAUACCUGAGAAGCCCAACAGAAUGUCGGGCAAGAAGAACGGCAGCGUUCUCGCCAUCCUCCUCCUCCUUCCACUGGCCUGCUGCAUGCACUCGGAGCAUGGGGACUGUGUGAUCAAGCGAGAGCAGGAGAAGUGCAUGGAGAGGAUAGCGAGUGACAACGACCCCGACCGUCCAGGCUGCCCGUGGAUGUGGGACAACGUGACAUGCUGGCAGCCGGCUGCUGUAGGAGACAUGGUGAUCAUCAGCUGCCCGGAGAUUUUUGUGGUUAUGGGUCUGGGGGACGAAGAAUUACCAACGGUCAGCCGCAACUGUACAGAAGACGGCUGGUCAGACACCUUCCCACACUAUGCCGAUGCCUGCGCCUACUUUGACAACACCACUGAACAUGAACUGUACUAUGCGUCGGUCAAGGCGCUGUACACCGUGGGCUACAGCACUUCACUGGUGUCCCUCACCACCGCCAUGGUCAUCCUCUGCAGGUUUAGGAAGCUGCACUGCACUAGGAAUUUCAUCCACAUGAACCUGUUCGUCUCCUUCAUCCUGCGCGCCAUAUCCGUGUUCAUCAAGGACGGAGUGCUCUAUGCAGAGGAGGACAGCAACCACUGCUUCCUGCAAACCGUGGAGUGCAAGGCAGUUAUGGUGUUCUUCCACUACUGCGUCAUGUCCAACUACUUCUGGCUCUUCAUUGAAGGCUUGUACCUCUUCACCCUGCUGGUGGAGACCUUCUUCCCUGAGCGGACAUACUUCUAUUGGUAUAUCAUCAUUGGUUGGGGGAUGCCCACGGCCUGUGUCACAGUCUGGGCAGUGCUCCGGCUGCACUUUGACGACAUCGGCUGCUGGGACAUCAAUGACAACGCUGCCAUCUGGUGGGUCAUUAAGGGACCUGUAGUGGCAUCCAUUAUGAUAAACUUCGUCCUCUUCAUCGGCAUCAUCAUCAUCCUGGUUCAGAAGCUGCAGUCUCCUGACAUCGGUGGCAACGAGUCCAGCAUUUACCUGAGACUGGCCCGCUCCACUCUCCUGCUCAUCCCCCUGUUCGGGAUCCACUACACGGUGUUCGCCUUCUCUCCCGAGGACGUCAGCAAGAGGGAACGGCUUGUCUUUGAGCUGGGCCUCGGAUCUUUCCAGGGAUUCGUGGUGGCUGUGCUGUACUGCUUCCUCAAUGGAGAGUUUCUCCCUAAAGGUGCAAUCGGAGAUGAAGAGGAAAUGGCGAAGCUGGACGGUGAACCGGUACUUUGCUGUGGACCUGAAGCACCGGCACCCAUCGCUGGCGAGCAGCGGGGUCAACGGGGGGACGCAGCUGUCCAUCCUGAGCAAGAGCAGCUCGCAGAUCCGCAUGUCCAGCCUGCAGGCGGAGACGCCGGCCACCUGAGCGCCUGAGAGCGGCCUCCGGAGCCUCGCCACACUUGCCGACACACGCACACCUCACACACACUCUGGCCCACCAUCCCAAAAACCAGCAAACCCCAUUCAAAACCUGCCCGGACCCACCAGACACCCAACAGAGGCCGGCACAGAGUCUCGCCCGCCUGCCUGCACCAUGACCUGGCAGCUGUCGCCCUAGUGGUCACCAUGCGAAUAUAUUGGAAUUGCCAAAAAAGGGCCAGCGAUAGUCCUUUGAGAAAAACGCACUGGAAAUGCCGAAUGUUCAUUUUCUUGUACAUACAGUAGUGAACGACGAGUAAAAUGUCCCUUCGUCUCAUUCUCAUUCUGCUUGGACUGACUUGAAAUGCAGGAAACUGCGAGUCGACCAUUGGUCAUAGACCGCCUUUGCCUGAGGGACCAUGGGGCAGGUCAGGGUGGCUGGUGCUCCGCCCAAGUGGGGUGGUGCUCCUCAGCUCUUUAAUGGCAGAGCCUGGCCACCUAUGUGUAUCUGUACAUAAAAUCGACGUCUGGAAGAAAAUCACCGAUGCAUGGUUGUCAAUGAGGAAGCAGCCUGUCGUUGAGAAAGGCGUGGUUCAGUAGGACAUGUAAAUAUCCAUCCGCCAUGUUCACCAUGGUAACAGGACCUGGUUCACUGCGAUGCCGAUGUGCCCUGCGGUACCUGCAUGCGUUAAUGCGUCUCGAAUACCGGCGGCCUGCCAUAUUCCUGGAUUGUCAUCUUAGUUCCCCCUUCUCCGGCACAUGUGUGAUCCGGGGUUCAGAAAUGGAGACAAAUCAAAGCUCUAUGGAAAAUAUGACCACAAGGUAUCGCUGUGGUUCUAGGGGAUAUCUAGCUUCUCUCUGGCACUGACUUGGAUGGGAGUUGUCGGAGUUUUCUGUUUGGUUGCACCACCUGGAUGGAGUGGUACCGUUACUCCUAAGAUGACGCGUGCAAGAAUGAGGUCACGUGUGGGAGAAAGAAUUACUCCUUCAUAAUCUCCCUGCUGUUACUUGUUCUACAAAGGAAGUUAAUGAAAUCAGACUAAGGAAACCAGUAAAGGGACAGACUUAUGAGGUGUCAGAGCCAUGACAUUGCAGGAGGUCGGACAGUGUCGGUUCAUGAAGGAUUAGAUUUAUUAACAGCGACUAAAAUUAGGAAACAUCAGUUUAGUCCUAGAAAAAAGAUCAUUUCAAUUUCUAAAUGGAGUAUGAUUUGCUGAAUCUCAAAAUAUUGCCAACAGCGGCAUAAUUUUUAUGUACUUCUGCACUGGUUAUGAAGUGGAAAAUCUGGAGAAAUUUUUAGUUUAUUCAGAAUACUUUUCUUAAUACAGUGUAUUCUAUUUUAUAUGUUAAAAAUCACACUUCCCCCGAGGCUUAACGUUGUCAAAAUGUUUAAAAAAACACUCUGCAAGAUCCUUGGCUAUGAAGAGUCUCAAAAGCCUUACUACAGCAGAAUGCCUAUAGCAUUUAAUAGCCGCCAGUACAGAAAAUGUCAAUAACCUCUGUGUUUCUCAGAAUGACCUGUUUAGUCUUAUUAAAUGUUGUGUGUAUUUGGUACUGUGAUUUGUGUUUCAAAAUUUCACUGAUAUAAGAAAAUCCUUGUGUUGUUAUUUUAAGUCCUGAGCCAAACCUAUAGAGCUCAUAUAAAGGUUAUAUAAAGAAAGUUUAUAUAAAUAUCAGUACUUGGAGCUGUGGGAUUUCUAUCAAGCUGUUAGAUGCAAAUGUAACAAUUUUUUGGCUGUUCAGUUGAUUUGUGGAAAAUAUACAUGUGUGUGAUAAGAACAUAAGAAAUGUACAAAUGAGAGGAGGCCAUUCGGCCCAUCAAGCUCGUUUGGGGAGAACUUAUCUACACUUAUAUAUCCUGUCAUACUUACCAUGGACUAGAUUUACACCAAACAAGGCAGUGAAACUUGGUUGUUUCUUCCAGUUAUGAGAUUAAACUUUUAGACAAUUUAUACUUUGUGAUAAGCAUGUUACAUUGGUCAGUAUAUUCAUUCCAUCUCAGAAGUGCCUUUUCAACCACAUAACAACUGAAUUAUCCUACAAAGGGAACAUCUGCUUCUCUUUCGGAGAGCCUCAAUGAUUUGGAAUGCAAAGUGCUUUUUAUCGGAGCGUGUCAGUAGUUUAAAUAACAGCAGCUAAUCAUCCCUUUAGAUGAGACACUUUCUCUCUCCAGAUGCCAUAACCUGUGGCCACAAGAAACACUCAAAAAAAACAUUACUGGAAUAUCCUAGGAAAAAGUGAGACAUUUAGAAUCCCACAAGGUCCAUAUUCUGUUGUGACCUCAAUGAAUAAAAAUAGCAUAGUCUUCAAUUUACUUUAUAUUAGGUAUAUAAUAGAGUGAAAUGCAAAUAUUUAGAAAGGGAGUAUAAAAUAGAUUAUUUUCUAACUGAUUUUGUAAUACCACAGUGAUUUUAUUUCUUCUGAUGAAAUAUAUGCUAAUGUAGAUUUCAGCAACAGUUUACAGUAUCAGAUAUCAGAAUGAAUUAUCACCCUAUGCAGCUAGUGAGGUCCAGACUUCUCUAUGCGGCAUCUUUAGGUUUCCCAAAGAACUCAAUAAGCCAAUUAACAAAACAAAGCAAUCCCCAUCUCACAAGUCACACGUUUUUUUUUUCUUCCUGUCAAAAUUCACUUGAGCCAUCUACUGCCCCCUAGUGGCUGCCAAUUUCUCAGACACCUGUAGCCCAUGUUGUUGCUGUGUUGACAAGAACGUGUUCAGUACUUCGUGAAUGAGCCUUAAAUAUUCUCUCCCUGAUGUCAACGCAUUUGAUUGUAUAGGUCACUUCAUCCGGUACAAUGGUGGUUUGUUUCCAUGACUCUUUGUCACAAUACCUGCCGAGGUUGGUUAAAACCUUCGUCUUUCUGUACUUUUAUAUUAUCGUCUUCAGUGCUAGUGGGUAGCAUGAUGUACAGCCUGGUGCCGGUGUGGUAAAUUCGUGCCCUAUAGCCACCUCUCUGCUCUUUAUAUGCAUGCUUACUUGUUAUUUUUUGUGUAACAUGAACUAAGGUGCCAAUAACAGUAUGUUUGACAAGGGAAGAGGGAAAGAUCCUUUAAGAUGUUGUCUAGCACUGGGUCAAGUGUUUGAUGGACUCGUGAACAGUUUUGGCCAACUUUGACAUCAGAAGUCUAUUUGGCUCCCAACCCAGACCAAUCGCAUCCCCCAGCGAAUGGGGAUAUGGAUUCAAUGGCAAGAAAAAGAAAUGGAUAUUAGAAAUGGUGUCCUUCUUAUGCGAAUUUACAACCAGAGAAUACAGACAUAGACAUCUCAACAUUCUCCCCGCAAUUGCCAUGGCGUCUCUGAGUUGGCAUGACAAGGAUCGCUGUGCGUGUGCUGAGUGGCGGCGGCUUGGAAAACGGUUAAGUUCACACUUAGGCUAUGCACAGACAAAUGGCUAAGAAAUUAAGCUCAUAGGGAGAUUGAUAUUAUAUUAAUAUUAUAUAAAGAAAUCUGAAUUUCAGUGUAAUACUUCUCUAAAUUUAUGACCCGUGAAUGUGCUGAGCAUGUUAUUCGGCAUUUAUGUGUGAUAUCGUUUGACUUUCCUUUGAGGAAUCAGGAACCAGCUAUUCCACAGCUGAUUGUAAACCAAGAGGUCAAGGCGUGAGGCCACCAGCUGGGCGAGCAUUUUGACUUCAGCGAGGCCUGACUUGGACGGUUUAUAUAAUACUGUUUUUGGUCUCAUCUCCUCCUAAAACCUGAGGGGCUUAUUUUAGACCUGGUUAUCUCUUUGAGGGGGGGGGGGGCGGUGAAGACUAGUGCGGGAGGGAUUAUGCACCACAAGUCUCUCACCCACAGCAUGGCAGAAAUUGGGCAAGCGAAAUACUACAUAUGAAUCAGAUUUCAUAUUUAAACUAUGAGCUAAUCCAGUCUUUCAUCUUCAGGGGAGUCAGUCAGGGGGUGUUUUUACAGUUAUAUAAAUAUAUGACUAUAUUUGAGGCAGGAAGGUGGUUCAGUGGGAGCCUCACACCUCCAGUGCCGGGGCUAUGAUUCCUCCCCAGGCUCUGUGUGUGUGUGCGUGUGAGUGUUUCUUGUCUGUGCUGUAACACGGGGGCAGCACUAGAGAUUUUGGGCUCCAUGAACGUAUAUCAUAUUUUGCUCCCAAAUCAGACCAUUCCAAUUAGGUUACAUAUAUUUUAGGGCCCCAGUCACUCAGGGACCCUUGGAAAGGUCCAAACAUGUCCCCUUUACGGCACCCCUGAUUUACAUUACUAAAGAGUUUCCCAGUGUUUACAAAUCAAGGCCAUUGAAUGAUAUUACUGUAUUGAAAUAAGCAUAGACCCCCCACCUGGAAGAAAAAGAUUGACAUAUACAUGAAAAAUGUAGGGAGAAUAGAUUGGUACACUUGAAGUUACAUGGAAUAAGUUAAACAACAUAUCAGUUGUCAUUUGUGGGCUUUUAAAAUGUUUAUGUUAUUCUGGAAUAUAAGCUUCAGUCUGCAUCCAUCCCUGAGAGUUUCCGGUACACAUUCAUGGAAAACUCAUGUGUAAAUAAGCCUGGGGUCAGAGUUAUGCUGACAAAGGUCAAAGGUCAUGUCCGCUCCUCUGCUUGUAUGGUUGUUAGCUUUGUUUUGUUUUUUUAGAUUGACCACACUGUUUAAAUGUCUGUUUACUUUCAGUGUACAUAUAACAGAUGAAUUUUGUACACCGUUGAAAUAUUGACUUUUAAUUGCAUUAAAUGUUUUUUUGACAGUG